UGCAGCUCCGGUCAGGACAUCCAGGGGACCAGCGUGGUGGCCAACCUACCCGUCCUCAUCCGUCAGAAUCCCUCCGAUACCCUGAGGAGAGUCGUGCCAAAAGUCCGAGAGGUCCUCCAUGUGUCGGGGGUGGAGAUGCAGCUGACGGCGGCCUAUUCCUUCCUGACCAUCCUACAAGAGGAGUCGCUUCCGGUGCAUUCCUACAGCCUGUCCUUCCUGCAGAUCAUCCUCCAGAACAUGGAGCACCGAGACUCGGGUGUGAGCAACGCGUGGCUGGACACCCUCCUCGCCGUCAUAGACGUCUUGCCAAAGGAGACCAUCCGACACGAGAUUUUGAACCCGCUGGUCUCCAAAGCUCAGCUCUCGCAGACGUUGCAGUCCCGCCUCACUAGCUGUAAGAUUCUCGGGAAAAUAGCCAACAAGUUUGAAACUCACGUAGUGAAGCGAGACAUCCUCCCCCUAGUGGAGUCUCUGUGUCAGGACGUGGAGUACGAUGUGCGCUCCUGUAUGUGCCGCCAGCUGGAAUCCAUCGCCCAAGGGAUCGGGACAGAAUUAACAAAAUCGGCCAUCCUCCCCGAACUCGUGGAACUGGCGCGGGAUGAGGGGGGCAGCGUCCGAUUGGCAGCCUUCGAGACUCUGGUCAACCUGCUGGUUAUGUUUGACCAUGAUGACCGCAGUCAGAUUGUCCUCCCGCUGGUCAAGUCAUUCUGCGAGAAAUCUCUCAAGGCCGAUGAAUCCGUCCUCACCUCACUGUCAUUACACUUAGGGAAGCUCUGCCAUGGCCUGCAAGGUCUCUUCACCCAGGAGCAGCAGAUCUGGUUCCUGGAGUUCUAUAGGACGCUGUGCCGGUUGGGUCUGCACCAGGAGAACGGCCAUAACGAUAACCAGAUCCAGAACAUAGAGCUAGAGAAGAAAUAUUCUAUGGUCAGGAAAAACUGUGCCUACAACUUUCCAGCCAUGGUCGUGUUCGUUGGAGUGAAGAACUUCCACAUAGAACUUUAUGCCACCUUCUUCUGUCUGUGUCACGACCCGGACCUGCCCAUCAGACACACCAUGGCUCUCGGCUUCUGUGAAGUCUGUAAGCUCUUGGGAUCCAACGUGUAUUUAAUACACAAAGAACUCGUCGCUUUACUUCAGGACGACUCCCUGGAGGUUCUGGACGGGUUAAUAGAUCAACUUCCGGAAACUCUGGAACUCAUGACAAGCGGAGGCGACAACUCAGGGCUGGAUAACAAGCUGAUGAUUGUACCUGACCUGGUCCCGGCACUCACCUCGGCAGAACAGCGAGUCGCCAACUCCCUGAAAUGGCGCAGCCAUGAGAAGCUCCUGCAGAAGUUCUCCUGCCUUCCGCACAUCAUUUCCAGCGAUCAGAUCUAUUAUCGGUUCCUUCACAGAAUGUUCUCCAUCAUCUUAUCCAACAACGUGUUACCGGUGCAGAAAGCGGCAAGCCGGACGCUGUGCAUCUUCCUGCGCUAUAACCGGAAACAGGAGCAGAGGCACGAGAUCAUCCAGAAGAUGGUGGAACAACUGGGUCAGGGGAAGAGCUACUGGAGCCGGCAGAGGUUCCUGGACACCUGUGAGAACAUCAUGGAGUUCUUCUCCAAAUCCUUCUUCUGCAAAUACUUCUUCCUGUCCGUGCUGGAGCUGAGCGCCGAUCCCAUCGCCAACGUCAGGAUGAAGGUUUGUUACAUGAUGCCAAAGCUGAAGUCCACCCUGAAGCUUCCGGCGGAUAAACAUUUGUUGCAGCAGCUGGAACUUUGCGUCCGGAAACUUCUGUGCCAGGAGAAGGACAGAGACGUCCUGACGGUGGUGAAGAGGACGGUUCUGGAGCUGGACCGGAUGGAGAUAUCCAUGGAUGCUUUUCAGAAACGCUUCUUUGAAAAAGACUUAUUGGACCAGGAGAAGGAGAGGGAGGAGCAUCUACUGCUGGAAAUGGAACAAAUAGAAAAGGAAAAACAACAAAGCGAGGCUCGGUCCAGCAAUGAGAAGACAUAUGACAGGAAGCGUCGAGACAGUAAAACGGGAUCGGCGUUGCCGAAAAAUCUCCCGACAGUAAUCUCUGGAACCUCCUCAGGCACACAGACAGUUGUCAGCAGAGAAAGCAAGAAGAGCAAAUUGAUCCGGAGCCAAUCGUUCAGCAGCCACGUCAUGCACCCGAAACACAGCUCCCUGGACAAGACCAACAAAAGUAACUCUGUGAUUGGAGUCGGGAAGAACGUUUUGCUGCCGUUUGUCGACGACUCCCUUAAAGUCCGGACCAGCAGUGCCAGCCCCUCUGUGGCGUUCUCCGGCGCGGUCACAACUUCCUCUCGAGCCGCAGGAACCUCCAUUGACCAGAAAACAAACGGCAGUAAAGAAGCUCAGAGCCGGAAGCUCAGCCUGAAAAACAGGAAACCUAAAGCUUAGCCAGUCCAGCCAGCAUGGCGCGAACCAAAGAAGCAUUGAGGCACUGGACUUUUCUCGGACGUGGGAGCGAAGAGCUGGCGCAGGAGCGCAGAACGGACACACCUACUUAUUACUCUGAUGUUCCUCCGGAGGAGAAAACUCUGCUGAUAAACGUCAUGACUGCACGGCGGUUACCGCUAACCAAGAUGGCCGUCCCAAACCCCAGCCAUCCGGACAGAUCCCUUUUCUGUCUCCCAUUGGGGUCCUUUAGGUUGAAGAGUCUUUGCAGAGAGGAGCACAACCUCAGACCGCGGGUCCCAAGUACAACCUCAGACCGCGGGUCCCAAGUACAACCUCAGACCGCGGGUCCCAAGUACAACCUCAGACCGCGGGUCCCAAGUACAACUUAUUAAGACCGCGGGUCCCAAGUACAACCUCAGACCGCGGGUCCCAAGUACAACUUUUUCUUUUUUUUCUUUUACAAAAUCGUUACUUUGUGUCCGCCAAACCGGCUCCAGUGAUGUACAAACUUUAUUUAAUAUCUUUUGAGUCUCAAAUUGUAUUUUUUCUCUUUUAGUGGAUUCAAAAAUCUCAGCUUUCUGUUCCUCCAAGUUGUUGUAUCAUUCUCCCUCCUCUCCCCGCGCCUACGGCCUCCGCUCAGAAUGAACGCAACCGAUACAGCCGACUUGUAAAAAAUGCCAAUAUGUACGCACUAUGGAGCGAUUGUAAGCUUCUAUAUUUGCAGCGGAAUAAGAAUAUGUAUAUUCAUAUAUAAAGUAUUUUUUUCAUUGUAUCAAAAUUCUAAAAUGGUAAAAAAUGAACUUGGAGCCCCGGAUGAGUGCGCUUUUUACGAGGUCAAUAAAGAAUCAGUAAGUCUGA